UUGCCUGGCUAUCCUGAUAAACUUCACACUCAUGUUCUUUCAUGCAAUAGCUGGUCUGCUGCUGAGAAAAGUAUUUAUAUUAAGAAAAUUACUAGCUCUACUUCUAAAUCUUCUUCUAAGUCUCAAAAGAAUGUUAAAAUUAGUUCUAACUCUGAUAAUGAAGAAUCUAU